AUGAAGGGGUGCACGUUCCCAGAAAUUAAUGUUUCUGGAUUGAUGGACUGCUUGACUUAUGUACAAAUCAACAUCUACAACACCAACAUCAAAUCUUUGAAGGAGCGAGGAGUCGACAUCCAACAUUUGCUUGAGCAUACUGGCUAUCGUUCAAUAAUCAUGGAUGUUCCAAUCCUCAAUCCGGAUUCAUCUUCUGCAAGUAAAUUUAAUUCAUUGAAAUGUCUCAGGGAGGUAGUAGAAGAGCUUGGACCAGUUCGUCAUUCCGUUAGUCAUUUGAGCAGUAUGAACAGAUUUGUUAGCAUCAAAGAGUAG